UCCCCGUUAGCCACGCCCCAUGAAAAGUUUAUUGGAGCGCGAGGAGGUUCGGUCACACUCGCUGUGCAGGACACUUUAACUUCACUUCUCCGUUAAGGAUCAAUGUUGAUCUAACAGCUGUAGCGCGCGACCUCGGUUAUGUCUUUGGCGGAUCAGAGUCUGCAGUUUUUCCCGGUAAGCGCGCGGGUGUCGGUGCUCCGGGCACGAGGCCUCCGGAUCAAAGGGAAGGAUGGCACCAAUGAUACCUAUACGGCGCUGCAGGCUGGCCGCGAGACGUUCCGCACGCCGGUGGCGGAGAAGCUCGCGGAGCCGGUGUGGGGCGGGGACGAUGCCGCCUUCAUCUUCACGCUGCCGGCGGAGAGCGCGCGCACCGAGCAGGACGGCGUGCCCCUGCAGGUGCGCGUGUUUCACCGCGUCCCGAUCGGAGCGGACAAGUUGCUCGGACUGGCCGUCAUCAAUGUGCACGAGCUCCGGCAGAACGGCGCGCGCGAGAACCCACAGUGGUUUAAGCUGUUAAAUAAAGCUGGGAAAGCUGAUAAGGAGCGCGGUGAGGUUCUGCUGGACAUUCAGUUCCUGAAGAGCAGCAUGAGCGUCAGCAUGAUCGACCUCUCCGACAAAUCACACUCGCGCCUUGGAAAGUUCAAGGACAAACUGAAGGGCAAAAAGAAAGAGGGGCUGAGCGACUCGGCCUCCGCCAUUUUGCCUUCGGUCAGCCAGGUGCUGACGGACAGCGAGGGAGAGAUGGACGGAGAGAUGGAGGGAGAGUCGACAAAAAAGAAGAAGAACAAACUAAAGUCUCUUUUCGUUCCUAAAUCCAGCAUGAAGCGUAACUCUCUGUCUCAAUCCAUGUCCUCGUUAAGGACACUUCCUGAUAAAAACUCCUCCAUCAGCUCGAGCACGUCGUCGGGCCUCAAUGUGGAAUCUUCAGAAGGGAAGAAAAAGAAGAAGUUUUCCUUUUUAACACACAAGCGGAACGGAAGCACAGACAGCAAGGCGUCCAAUCAAAGUGACUUCACCUUCGGCUCGGCCAAUCAGAAUCCUCCGCCACAGGUUGAUAUUUCCAUAAACGGCAGUCACGUUUACAGAGGACAAACCCAAAGUGAAGGAGUGCUGGAAAUGGAGGAAGAGGAGGAAGAGGAGGAGGAGGUGGAGAACGAGGAAGAAGAAGAGAGCUGGAGAAGACGGGAGGAAGAGCGUAAACAACUGGAGGAAGAGAGAAGGAGGGAAGUUGAAGAAGAGAGAAAGAGAAAAGAGAAAGAAGAGCAGCUGAGAAAGGUGGAGGAGGAAAAAGAAAGGAUAAGGCGUGAGAGAGAGAGAGAGGAGCAAAGUAGAAGAAAGGAAGAGGAAGAAAAAGAGAGGAUGAAGGUGGAGAGAGAGAAAGAGGAGCAUAGGAGAAGGAUGGAGGAGGAAGAAAAAGAAAGGAGAAGGAUUGAACGAGAGAAGGAAGAACAAAAGAGAAGGAUGGAGGAGGAAGAAAAAGAGAGGACAAGGAUGGAAAGAGAGAAAGAAGAAGAAAGGAGAAGGAUGGAGGAGGAGGAAGAAAAAGAAAGGAGGAUUGAAAGAGAGAAGGAAGAACAAAAGAGAAAGAUGGAGGAGGAAGAGAGAGAGAGGAGAAGGAUGGAAAGAGAGAAAGAAGAAGAAAGGAGAAGGAUGGAGGAGGAAGAAAAUGAGAGGAGAAGGAUGGAGAGAGAGAGGGAAGAACAAAUGAGAAAGAUGGCAGAGGAGAAAGAAAGGACAAGGAUGGAGGAGGAAGAGAAAGAGAGGAUAAGGUUGGAGAGAGAAAAGGAAGAACAACGGAGAAGGCUGGAGGAGGAAGAAAGAGAGAGACAGAGAACAGAGAAAGAGGAACAGAGGAGAAAGUUGGAGGAGGAGGAAGAAAGAAUGAGGAUGAAGAGAGAGAAGGAAGAACAGAUGAGAAAGCUGGAGGAGGAAAGAAAAAGAAAGCAAGAGAUGGAGGCAGAAGAGCUGAGGAGAAAGUUGGCAGAGGAGAAUGCCAGGAAAAAGGCUGAGGAGGAAGAAAAGAUGAGAAUUGCUGAGGAGGAAAGAAAGAAGGAAGAGAAGAAAAGAGUGGAAAGGGAACGGAUGAUGGCGGAGGAGAAGAGGAUAGAGAUGGAGACAAGGUUGGCCAAUGAGAAGAAAGCCAGAGAGGAAGAAGAGAGGCGAAUAGCAGAAGAGAAGGAGAAACAAUGGAAAGAACAAGUACGAGUUAGAGAAGAGAAAGAGCGGAAGAGAAAAGAAGAGGAGCAGGAACGAAGGAAUACAGAGAUGGAAGAAAGGAAAAAGAAGGAAAAACAGAUGAGGGAAGAGCAGGAGAGAUUGAAAAAGGAAGAAACUGUAUUUGAAGAGAGUGUCAUCUCCCAGACCUCUGACUUCACUCGUUCAGCCAGAAUCUCCAACGUUAAACCCAGCGUGUCUGUCUCUGCAGCAGUUUCUCAAGCGUCUAUGGCGAACACCAACCCCUUUUUGGACGACGAAUUAGAUGCCAGCAUUUUUAGCAGUGUUGAAGAGAGAACUGCUAAAAAAGGACGUGCGCCAUCACCUCCACAAGGGCCAGAUUUUACCUUCAGAGGUGUUCCUAAACAGCUUUCCCAAUUAAAAGAAGUCUCAAAACGUCAAGCACCUCAACCACCAGAUAUGCUGAAGAUGACCAGAGAAGCGAUUGUCAAAGAAAGCGUGGAUCAAGCAGGUCUUGAUCAAGGAGAACGGAAAGAGAGACAUCAUGAGAGCAAAGUCUUGUCUGUCUCUCAAGAUGACACACAAGUUGAUACUAAUCCUUUCACAUUUGAUGAACCAGUGCCUGUAAAACACAAGGGACCAGCACCAAAACCAAGAAGUGGGAUAUCUGUGUCUGAGGAUAAGCCAACAUCUGUUGGCAAAAUCCUAACAGAAGGAACUGUUCACCUUGAAGAACCAGGAAGUGUUUCUAGUAGCAGAGAUAAUCAGCCGAACUGGAAACUGUUGAGUGCACUAACCGAUAUUACAGGUGAAGAUGACCUUACUGAUGAACUGUCAAGAAGAGAAGAACAUCGGGAGGACAUAAUUGAGCCUGAGUCUGCAAAACCAAAUUCUCCAUCAUGGGCCAAUCAGGAUUUGUUUCCAGAACCUCUGGUUUGCAGAACUGAUGGAUUGGCAAGCAUGGAAAGACCCCAGAAGAAAUCUAGAGCUCCUCUUCCUCCAAAUAAACCCAAAAGAACUGGAGAUUCUAGCACACAACUCCAGCAGCCAUCUCUUCUAAAUAAGACUAACUUUGAACAAGCCCAAGAGAACGCAUCAGUUUAUAGUAUGGAGAAACCUGCAAACAACACUCCUUCAUUAUUCACAGUUUCAUCCUCAACGAUCGCUACACUUGCUGAUAAAUCGCAGGUUGUGGAGUCGGUGGAGACGGGUUCUGAUUCUGGGUCUAGGAUUUUGCCAUGGGGUAAAUUGGUACCCAAUGAUGCAGGUGAAGUAAGAGAACAAGUUGAUUCCGCCUCAGUAAUCAGGCAGCAUGCAGUGAAACCCCUGAGCGCUGCAGAGAAACAGCGUGAAACUCACGAAUCUAGAUUAACCGACAACACACAGCCCAAAGCAAAGGCUGUAGAAGCAGUGAUGAAAGGCCCGUAUUCUCAGUUGACACAGACUGAGCUGAUCUCUAUGGCUUUGCGGCAACAAGAACAGAUUUCACAGCGUGAUGCCAGGAUCCAGGAGCUGGAGCAAUACAUCGAUAACCUGCUGGUGCGUGUGAUGGAGGAGAAACCAAGCAUUCUGAUGUCCUUGAACACAAAGAACAAAUCUAUCUGAGCACUCGAACAACAGGGGGGUCCUGAAGAAAGGGCAUGCAUAGCGAGUGAAUAUACUGACUUUCUGACAGAUCUCUGACAAUGCUAAAUUAGACGUUGCUAGUAUCACGUUCACUGCAGUGCAAAGUCUGUGGUGUUAAAGUCUUUAUUACUGAGAUAAACACAUCCACAGGGGAUUUAUUCCUCCUCACAUCCAUAAACCUCUGCUUUCUUUCUACAUAUCAAGGGACAGACUCAAAUGUGUAACAUUGUCUUUCUACUGUUUCCUGUUUUGUUACGCUCAGGCUUUUUUUCACUAUUGGACUGAAUAUGAGUUCUUUGUACCUACUGUGUUUAGUAGUUCCCCCUUUUUUUUCGUGAAACAGAAGGGGAAAAUGUCACACCUAAAACAGACAGCAUGUAUUGCCUUAUUCAAGAUGUUGUGUAAUACGCCUGCAAUAUGAGUGCAAUACUGUAUCCCUAAAGCACUUUAAUCAGAAACCUGUAAAUAUAAAUGAUUAUUUGUACUUUAUAACUUUUCAUUUGAAGUGAUGUUUAAUUUUCAUUCUGAAAUAAAGAAUCACUUUGCAA